UCAAUAAUUUAAUAAAAAGAUGACUGUAUUAGUUGUAGGCACUGUUGCUACGGUUGCCACUUGUGGUGCGGCCGCUCCUUUAGCAGCCGGUGCGGCCACAGGUGUCGGUACAACUGUGGUGGGAACGGGAGCUGCUGCGGCUGGAGCCGCGGCUGCAACCGGUACCGGAGCAGCAGCCGUUGUUGGAGGUACGGGAGCCGCUGCUGCUGUGUCCACAGUUGGUGCAGGAGGCGCCGUGGCCACCGGUGGUCUAACUACAGGAGCCAUUCUAUCGGGUCCAAUAGGUUGGGCUAUAUUGGGCGCCAACAUUGAACAAUCCAAUUCGGGAUCUGUCCACCAUUACUACAGUUAUGACUGCUGGAAGGCCAUAGUUCGUGAUACGAGUGCCCAACCGUCUAGUGGUAAACUGUUAAGAGAUGUGCUGCGAGACAGUCGAGUACUGAACUACACCUUUGAGUAUAGACAGGGAGGACAGGGAGCUGAUAAUGAUGACUAUGUGACCGGUAUCAAGGUUGAAAAUGUGUGGCAUGAUCAGUUUCAUAUUAAUUUUCUACAUGUGCCCGGUCAUGGUCUAGCUGUUCAUGCUAAUAAAAUUUAAAUUUUAUCAAUUAUAUUAUUAU